AUGGGUGUUGUGACACUGAGGCGUGUUGACGGCACCAUGCAGACUGGGCGUGUGGAAGCGCUUUACGUUGAUGCGGGCGGGACAAUGGUUGGCGUGAUGGUGGGUGGUUUGGAUGUGACGGGAGUCGAAGGCUUUCCGAGGAUCGUGAUUGCACCGUCGAGCAGACCGGAUGCGGUCGUAUCUGGUGCUGUUGGUGAGGGCGAUGCGGUCUCUCCGAGCUCGCCCGAUCAGAGACCAGUGGAAAUCGUCGGGGAUAAGGCGGCGGUUCGCGCCGAGUUGAUCGACGCUUGGUGUUCGGCAAGCUCC